AUGUCGACCCAGGUCCUGAAUGAACUGUGGGAAAUAAUCAGUGAACAGAAAAGGUCUGCCCUGGUGGAAGUGCUAAUCAACAAGCUCCUAAAGGAGAAGCAACACGAUAACGUAAAGGUGGAAGUCCUUCUUGGGUUCUACGAAAUGGCAAAAAACAAAAAGACACACAAGCUGUUUGCAAAAAUAUUCUGCAGAAUAAAGUACCUCAUAAAUGACAAGUCUCUACGAGUACGUAAAAAUUGCAUCGCCCUUGUCCUAGAAUUGAAUAAACAAUUAAACGAAAAUUUCUGUAGUAAAAUCGACUUCACUGAGUUGAUCAAGCGUGUCACCAAGGAUCUAUUUACAUACAACGUGCAGUCAUGCAUAAAAAAGUUGUCCUAUGCAAAAUAUGAACACUAUGAGAGAGUAAAAAAUAAGGAAAUAUGUGAAUUUCUCAAAUUGGCUUCCAAUUUAAUUACUUAUUCUAUGUGGAAAUGCUCCAUAAAAGAGCAGGCAAAGAAAUGUGUAAAUUUAUUAAAUGAUUAUCCUGCUCUGAUGAUUUGCAUCAGUAAGUUCUCUACUAAUUUGGAGCUAGUGCAACGUUACAAGUUAGCUUCUGUGCUGUUCGAAAUUACCAACGUGAAAUUGGGAGAAGAGGGGAAUUCCAUUUUGCUUGGAAGGGGGAGCGCUGGAAAUGACGGAAGUGGACAGGGAUACCCAGAGGGAGCUACUACCACAGGGACAUCGCAAACCUCGAUGCGUACCUCAGGGGAAUGUCUGCAAGACCCCAUCAUCAACGGCAAGUAUGUGAAGUAUGCCUCCCUGCUGCUCUGCGUGGCGUACCUGCUGAAGCCAAAGAACGAACAAGAAAUUGAAUUGUGCGGAUCGGAACAAAUUGAAACGUUCCUCAAAAAUAAAUUUAAGGAGGACUACUUCCUCACCAGCAUAGAUACCCUAAUGCAGCAAUUUUAUUUCAAAAUACUUAAAUAUGUUAGCCUUAAUCAGGAUGCUUAUGUGGGAAUAUACAAAUACGGUCGGAGGGAACUACUCACUUUGUACAGAGCUAAGAAUGAGCAUGUGUGUAAAAAAUUUAUCCUUCCGUUAUUUUACAAGUGGAGGCUACUCGAGUCAGUUGUUUCAGCACACAUGCACAUUUUAAAUGCAUCUAUUGAGUUUAUUUUUUUAUACACUUGUGCGAACCCGGAGUGGGAGUCUGCCAGGAAUGGAAGCUCCUUUCUUCACGGUGAUAGAAAUUUCCCAUUUGUGGAGAAGGAUGCACUGGGUUAUUUCGCUUACGGAGAGGAGGUACCCGACUCGGAUGAGGGAAGUGAGAUAAAAGUGACCCGCUUGCGUUGCGACAAAAAAGACGACCCCGUGGACGAAAAGGAAAAAAAGAAAAUGUGCAUAAAUGACGAAAAGGAGAUAAAUACUCUCAUUUUGUUAUCACUAAUUGUUAAAAAGAAAAAAUAUCACCACAUCUUAUUUAAGUCAUUCCAAAGCAUUAUACACAACUUGGUCUUCAAAUUCAACUCGUAUCUUCUGUUCAUAUUUGACAAGCUAACACAGAACGAUUUCGAGUUGCCUCCAAUUUUUUUUUCUCCUCACAAUGGAGAUAAGGUCGAAUUCAACUUUGUACAGUUCGUACUUCAUGACAGGGCUAAAAUAAAAGGGUACUUCCAUUUAUAUAUUUCGUUUUUCUUCCUUUGUUACACGUCUAAGAGGAGCAACUUCCCACACGACUGGGAUACCUUAAUUGACAACACUCUGCGGAGUAUUCAUCUAAUCAGUUCUGUUAAGUUUAAGAACGAGAUUGAAAUUGUUACGAGUGGGAGUUUUGCAGGGAUGACUGCCGUAGGAGAAGUGGCUGCGCAAGUAGAUGACCGGUUCACUGAAUGGGCAACCUACACCAAGACGAUCCUCCACUUUGUCAUACACUUCCUCGACAUGGUCGAAUUCACCGUCGCCAUGAAGAUGACGCCGAUAGAGGAUCUCGACUUUAGCGACUUCGUGAAGAACGUGUUUAUGUUUUACAAAUGUUACGAACUCGCCUGGGAGGGGAUAAAUGGCAACGAAAAGCGACGCACAAAAACCCACACGGACGAGCGUGAAGAGAGGCAAGCCCUGCGCGAGGUGUACCUCGGGGUAUGGACCAGAGUAAGCGAAUUUCUCCUGUUCAUAUUAAACUUUGACUAUUUCGAAAAAAAAGCAGAAAUGAAGAUAUCCAUUUUGUAUCCAUUUUUCCUAUUUACGUACGAAGUUAUUCAUAAGGAGGAUAUUGAAAGGGUCAUGAACAAAUAUGCAGCUUUAAUUAAACAAAGAGAAACCUUUUUUGACUUUGUAAAAAAUUACAAAAAAAAUAACAGCAUGGUGAGUUACAUGCGAGAAAGUCAGGUUAAUUACAUUCAGUCCAUCCUGGACAAUAUUUCACUGCCCAAGGAGAAGGGGUCCUCUUAA